GGCCGUCUCUGUGUCAUGGCAGUAUAAGUGUUCGUGUCUGUGUCGCCCCUACGCUGCUUUUCAAUCCCCCUCAAAGGCGCGAAAACAACGCUUGCGCCCUUGUUUUUGUCGGCCGCGUUGCAACUUCGAGUCAUCGAACAUCACUCGUGCCAAGGAUGACCGACACAAGUUCACAGCCCGCCAAGCCAGAAGGGGAGGAAAAGUCCAAGAUGGAUGCAGCCAUGAUGCUCCUCUCGGGCAAGAGGGACUUCAUCGUCCAGGAUUAUGCGUCAGCUGCAGCGAGCCUGGAGGAGGCCUGUAAGCUUCUGGCGAACUUGUAUGGCGAGACCGCCAAGGAGUGCGGAGAAGCCUACCUCUUCUAUGGACGUGCGCUGCUCGAACUUGCUCGACAGGAGUCGGACGUGCUGGGAAAUGCCUUGGAGUCCGAAGAAGAGAAGGACGAUGAUGACGACGACGAUGAUGGUGAAGAUGGAGAAGAAGAAAAGUCUCAAGAAGGGGAUUCAGCUGGAUCUUCUAAGAGAGGUAGUGAGGAAGAAAACGGAAAAAAACAAGACGAAGAAGAGCAGUCUGGUUCUGCCGCGAAGCCGUCAGAAAUUCCAGGCGUAGCGAACGCGGCGGAAUCGAAAGACUCUUCUGGUGGUAGUGGUGAUGGUGGUGAGGUGGCGGCAGGUGCCGCCAUUGAGGUGAAGGCACAACAGAACGGUGGAGAAAACGAGGAAGAUGUGGAAGAAGAUCUUGAGAAGCCCGAGCCAGCAUUGAAGGAGGACACAGAACCACCGCCAAGCGAACCUGGCACCUCAACAGCGGGUCCCAGUGGUUCGUCGUCUCCCCCAAAAGAGGAAGAUGUUCCCAAUCUGCAGUUGGCAUGGGAGGUGCUUGAAAUAGCCAAGAACAUAUUUAAGAGGCAGGCGGAGGAAGACACGGAGAACCAGAACGAGCACCGCCUCAAGGUGGCCGAGGUGCUGCUGAGGUUGGGCGAGAUCAGCCUCGAGUCGGACAACUGCGAGCAGGCCGUGGAGGACUUCAGCGAGUGCUUGAAGAUCCAGAUGGAGCUGCUCGAGGCCGACAGCCGCAAGAUGGCCGAGACUUACUACCAGCGAGGGCUGGCCUACUCGUUCGGCGGGCUGUACCAGGAGGCCGUCAACGAUUUCCGAGAUGCCGUACGCGUCCUCGAGCUGCGCCUCGAAAAUUGCAACCGGUUUGUUAGCGAGAACAAGGACAAGGAGCGCAAGGGCAGCUUAGAGGACGACCCCGUAUGGGUGGCUGAACGAGAAGUGGAGGAUUUGCAAUUACUGCUGCCUGAAGUGCGGAACCGCGUACAGGACACCGAGGACACUAUCCAGCAAGACUGCCGCGCCCUCAAGGACGCCACGAUUCAGAAGAUGCGGGAGCGCUUACCAGCAACAUCACCUGUCAAGAAAAGCUCAGAUUCCGGACCCGAACCCAGCCGUCCAGUCAAUGUCAUCACUCAUCUCAUAAAGCGAAAGCCCGGCACAUUGCAGAGAACGAGUGACGGCGGCAGCUCUGCGGGAAGUUCCACUUCCGUGCCCAAGAAGGUCAAGUCCGAGGUCACGGAAACCAAUGGCGAGUCCUCUGAGAAACCCCUGGCAUCGGAAACACCGACGGCGAACGACUGUGAAAAGCCUGCCGCGUCUCCUUUAAAGACUGUGGUAUCUUAGUGGAUUGUGAAUUUGUAACAGCACGUGCACCGCAAGACUGUACGUCCGGUUGCCGUCAGAAAGCAGUGCACGCGAAGAAACUGCCCUUCACUACGUAUAUACAUAUACUGCCUUGAUCUGUGUGGUUGGGGUAGUUAACACCCGUCACGUCUGUCCAAGCAGCAGUUACUUUUUUUUUUUUUUUUUCUUACUUUCGAGUGUAUCAUUUCAUGCUGUAUAAAAGUACCAUUGAAUGUGUUGUAUUUAACGCUGAAGCAUGUGUUUCUUCAUGUGAUGCGAUUGCUUGGUUGUAACUAAUAAAAAAAAAUGUCCGUUUUUAUAUAAAAAUGGGAUGCUACUUGA